CAGGCCCGCGACCGUCUUUUCCGGCUCUUAUCUGCACUGAAGAGUUGGGAGUUAUCUGGCCUUUGUGAGUUCUGCGGUGCAAGGGCUGCCUGGAGGUUGAAGGGGAAGGUAAAGAACGAGAGUGCUGAGCUCUGCUCUCCAUGCCACGGCGCUUCAGGGCGCGGCCAAGUCUGAGUCCUGUCCGGCUGUCAGUCACUGGGCUGGGAAAGUGCCCAGAGGGCGGGUCCUGGCGGGCUGCAUCCAAGAUGCGCCUGCUUUUCAAAAGCCGCCCAAGCAACUUCAGUGGGAAAAACUGUUUUAUUUUUCUCCUCAGAAAGAAAUGAAUUUUUGCCGGAGUAGUUGGAGUGACCUUGCGAUUUCAGCACCUCUGUUUUGUUUUGAGACAGGAUUCAGGCUGGCUUUGAACUCCCUGUGUAGCUGAGGAUGACCUUGUACUCACGGACUUCCUAUCCCCACCUCCUGAGUGCUGGGAUUCCAGGUCUGCAUCACCCGGAUGGAUCUUACUCAGAUUACCACUUUCUCAAUAGGGUCGUAUCCUCACGUUGUGGGUAAGCAAGAGCCAUGGUCUGUAAUGUUUGGACGUCUGUGCAGCACGACUGACCAACAAACCCAGAAAAGGAAUGCUAACAGUUGUGUACACCGGUGAUAGAGCGCCACUGUUCGCUAAAACUCAUCAGCUGCACUAAAGCGAGGCUUGCCUCAGUGAAAGGAGUCCUCAUGCACACUUCCCGUGUUACAGGAUGGCAGCUCCUGAUUCAUUGUCCCACGGUCCUUCAGGGGACUCAGUCUGCCUUCAGGAAGAAAAAGUAUCAGCCGAAAUGAUGUUGGUUGAUUGCCUGACAAAUUAUCAGGAGUUAGUGAGCUUUGAUGAUGUGAUUGUGGACUUUACCCAAGAGGAGUGGACCUCACUGAACCCAGAUCAGAGAACCCUCUACCGAGAGGUGAUGCUGGAGAACUACAAGAACCUGGCCACAGUAGGAUAUCAGCUCAUCAAACCCAGUGUGAUCUCUUGGUUGGAACAAGAAGAGUUUAGUACAGGGCAGAAGAUAGUUUUUCCAGAAUGGAAAAUACAGCUCGAGACCCAGUGUUCAGCAUCCCAGCAGGAGCUUUUGAGGGGUAACAUAUCCAACGGGAUGCAAACGCAGACAGGAAGUGACACAGGAAGGGGCCUCUGUGACGGGACACAAUAUGGAGACUUCUUCAGUGAACUCUCGCCCCUUAGGACGGUUAUGAAAACUCGACCUGCACAGGAUAAUUAUGAUAGUAGUCAAUGCAGGAAAGACUUUCUAAUGCUUCAGAGGAAAAAGUGUGCUGGUGAGAAACUUUCUGAGUUCAAUCAGAGUGAAGAAACCGGUGCGAUCCCAGGUAAAGCUUAUCAGAAAAUGGCCACACAAGAGAAAUGUUUUGAAUGCAGUGACUGUGGGAAGUCCUUUAUGAAUCAGUCACAUCUUCAGACACAUCAGAGAACUCACAGUGGAGACAAACUUUAUGAAUUGAAUGAGUGUGGGAGAAGUUUUAUAAACUCAAGACUUGCUGUGCUUAUAGAAACUCUCAAUGCAAAGAAACCUCACAGAUGUAAGGAGUGUGGGAAAGGCUACCGAUACCCUGCGUAUCUAAACAUUCACAUGCGAACCCACACUGGGGAGAAACCCUAUGAGUGUAAGGAGUGCGGGAAGGCCUUCAAUUAUUCCAAUUCAUUUCAGAUCCAUGGGAGAACUCACACAGGGGAGAAGCCCUAUGUCUGUAAUCAGUGUGGGAAAGCCUUCACUCAGCACUCAGGUCUGAGUAUACAUGUGAGAUCGCACAAUGGAGACAAGCCCUACGCAUGCAAGGAGUGUGGGAAAGCCUUCCUCACAUCCUCUCGCCUUAUCCAGCAUAUACGAACUCACACGGGAGAAAAACCUUUUGUAUGUGUCAAAUGUGGGAAAGCCUUUGCUAUUUCUUCAAACCUUAAUGGGCAUCUGAAAAUGCACGCCGAAGAGAAGACCUGUGAGUGCAAGAUCUGUGGGAAAGCAUUUGGAUAUCUUUCAUGUCUUAAUAAUCACAUGAGAACUCAUAAUGCCAAAAAAUCCUACACAUGCAAGGAGUGUGGAAAGGCCUUUAACUAUUCCACCCACCUUAAAAUUCACAUGCGAAUCCACACUGGAGAAAAACCCUAUGAGUGUAAACAGUGUGGAAAAGCCUUCAGUCAUUCCACUUCAUUUCAGAUCCAUGAAAGAACCCACACUGGAGAGAAGCCCUAUGAAUGCAAGGAGUGUGGCAAAGCCUUCAUCUGCCCCAGUUCCUUCAGGAUUCAUGAAAUAAGUCACACCCACACGGAAGAGAAACCCUAUAAGUGUCAGCAGUGUGGAAAAGCCUACAGUCACCCUCGUUCACUUCGCAGACAUGAAAGAAUUCACUAGAGAGAAACCUAGUUGAUGGAAGCAAGACAAGAAAGUCCUCAGUUGCGGCCAUUUGCUUUGCAGACAUGAUGGUACUCACACUGGGGAGAAACUGUUGAAGUUAGAUCAUAGCUUAGAGCAGUGCUGUAUGGCUGUACUGAGCAACAAAUACUCCAUGUCAAAAAAUUAAAGCGGCUCAGUGGGUAAAAGCACUUGAAUGUGUGGCAACUUGAAUUUGACCCACAUCCAUGUAAAACAGACAGAUGUAGUGGCAUGCGUCUGUAUUCUCAGCAUUUCUACAAGAGAGGAGGCAGAGGCAGCAGAUUCACCUGGAAGCUUGCGGGCCAGCUAGUCUAGUCUGUGCAGCAUGGCAGAGAGGAAGACUCUGCCUCAACAAGGUAGAAGACCUAAUGCCUCAACGUUGCCCUCUGGUUUCCAUGUGUGUGCCCACUCUCCCACAGAUACCACAGUAAUAGAAAAAUGUUUAAAGAAUUGAAAGGAGGGCUGUUGAGAUGACUCAGCAGACAGAAGCAUUCUCCAUUCAAUCCUCACUAUCCGUUUUCCAUCCCUGGAUCCCACAGCGUAAGGAGAGAAUUGGCUCCUAAAAGCUGCCCUCUGACCUCCACAUGAAUGCUGUGGCAUGCACCCCCCUAAUAAUAUUACAUUUUAAAAAUUCAAAUGAGGGACUGUAGGGAUGACUCAGUUACGAGCAUCUGCUGCUCUUGCAGAAGACCAGGCUUCAGUUUCCAGCACUCACAUGGCGGCUUUCAGCCAUCCAUAACUAGGUGACGGGAAUUUGACCUCUUCUGACCUCAGUGAUCACUCAGCAUACACAUGUGCAGGCAAAAUAUGUAUAAAGCAAAAAUAAUAAAAUGAAGUUGCAAUGAAUCCAUUAAAACUGGCUAAUGUCCCCAAGAGGUUAAGAUGAAGCAGGAGGAACACAGAGAUGACCACGGACCAUCAGACAUCCUUCUGCAAUUACAGACGCUAGCCACCACAAGUGUCUGUACUAAGGCCCCAGAGGAAGCUCCCUGAGGCCUCCAGAUUCUAAGAAAUAAAUAGCCAUGUUUGCACUA